UUACUGCCCGGCACGGGUGUUCUCCUCUGUCAGCAAUACCACAGCGGCCGCACGCAACCACGCUGCUGCGGGCGGUGCUGAGGAUGCGGCGGGGACAAGGGAAGCGAAAGGCCGAGGUGAAGGAGGAGCCGUGCGCGUCUCGGAGGAGGACGGAGGAAGAGGAGGCGAUACAGGAGGCCCGUCGGAGGGCGGCCCCGUCCGUUCGAGAGUUCAAGUACAACAAGAAGCGGGUUCGCCUCGUCUCGCAGGGCCCGGACCUGAAGGAUGAUGCUCGGUGCAUCCUUUACUGGAUGUGCCGGGAUCAGCGUGUGCAAGAUAACUGGGCGUUCCUCUACGCCCAGCGCCUGGCCCUCAAACAGGAGCUGCCUCUGCGCGUCUGCUUCUGCUUGGUGCCCAAAUUUCUGGAGGCCACCAUCCGCCACUACAGGUUCAUGCUGAGGGGCCUGCAGGAGGUAGCAGAGGAGUGUGCAGAGCUGAACAUCUCCUUCCACUUGCUGCUGGGCUAUGCCAAGGACGUGCUGCCCACGUUUGUGGCGGAGCACGGCGUGGGUGGGCUGGUGACAGACUUCAAUCCCCUCCGCCUCCCACGGCAGUGGGUAGAGGACGUCAGGGAACGGUUGCCAGAGGAUGUGCCGUUUGCACAGGUUGAUGCCCACAACAUCGUGCCCUGCUGGGUCGCCUCCCCCAAGCAGGAGUACAGUGCCAGGACCAUCCGGGGCAAGAUCCACGCUCAGCUCCCCGAGUUCCUCACCGAGUUUCCCCCUGUUGUUCGGCACCCACAUCCUCCCUCCUGCCCAGCAGAGCCCAUCGCUUGGGAGGCCUGUUAUUCCAGCUUGCAGGUGGACCACACUGUGAAGGAGGUGGAGUGGGCAACCCCUGGCACAGCUGCAGGGAUGGCUGUGCUGAAGUCCUUCAUUGCAGAGCGGCUGAAAUCCUUCAGCACCCACAGGAACGAUCCCAACAAGGCGGCUCUCAGCAACCUGUCCCCGUGGCUUCACUUCGGCCAGGUUUCCACCCAAAGAGCCAUCCUGGAGGUGCAGAAGCACCGGCGCAAUUACAAGGACUCAGUGGAUGCAUUCGUGGAGGAGGCUGUGGUGCGGCGGGAGCUGGCUGAAAACUUCUGCUACUACAAUGAGAACUACGACAGUGUGCAGGGUGCCUAUGACUGGGCACAAACCACCUUGAAGCUCCACGCCAAAGACAAGAGGCCUUAUCUGUACAGUCUGCAGGAGCUGGAGCAGGGCACCACACAUGACCCACUCUGGAACGCUGCCCAGCUGCAAAUGGUCCGGGAGGGCAAAAUGCACGGCUUCCUGCGGAUGUACUGGGCCAAGAAGAUCCUGGAGUGGACGCGCUCCCCUGAGGAGGCCCUGCAGUUUGCCAUCUACCUCAACGACCGCUACGAGCUGGACGGGAGGGACCCCAAUGGAUACGUAGGCUGCCUGUGGUCCAUCUGUGGCAUUCACGACCAGGGCUGGGCGGAGCGGCCCAUCUUCGGGAAGAUUCGCUACAUGAACUACGCCGGCUGCAAGCGCAAGUUUGAUGUCGACUGGUUCGAGCGUCGCUACGCCCCCACGCACUCCCAGUGACCCUCUGUGCUGGGGCAGAUGUGCCUUUGCCAAGUUGCCAGAUUGCAGGGAUCAUCCUGGGAUGUUGAAGGGCUCCCUGUAGCAGCAGCAAGCUCCAGGGUUUUGCAGGUCUUUGCCAUCACUCACUGCUCAAUUUGCCACACUGGGGCAGCUGCUGGAGCCCUUCUGCUGCCACAGGUUUGCUGGCAGCUGUGAGAGCCCAUCCUCAGCAUGCCUGUGCCUGCCAGAAACCUUUUCUACGACCACUGUCCUCAGGAACAGCCCAGGUCACCAUUGCUGCUGGUAACCACAGCUGAGCAGGGUGUUUCUAAGGAAAAGCCCCCAAGAAGAGGCUCUUUGUGGAGCCAGUG